AAGCAGAGUAAGAGCCUGGUGCCACCAUCUUUGUACGGGGCAGGGCUCACGUGAGCGGCGGAGACGCUCCGCGCGGCCAUUUUUGUGCGGGGCGCGCUUUGCGUGCGGGGUUGCCGCAGCCGCGGCCGGUGGGCGUCUGGGUGAGGAGCAGGCGGCGCUGCCGCGGCUUAGCCGUGCGUCUCUGCCGUUGCGGCGGCGUCCUGGGCGGCGGAGCUGCGUCUGCCCACCCGCCAAGCAGGGCCGCAGUCCCUGGGGAGCGGGAUUCGCCUCGGCAGGAGCUGCGGGGCUCGGUGCGGCCCGGCCCGGUUCUGGGUCCCACGCACGGUGCGACCUUCAGCCGCUCUGAGACCUUGAAAGGACAGAAAACUCUAUCAAGGGAAAGCUUGCUGAGCGUUCUGUACUACGUAUGCAGGAUAUAGGAAAACACAGCUUCUGAAAUGUCAUCGCUCGGCAGCGAUUGCCCACACUUGGAAUCAGUGGGUGAGAUAACAAAAGAGGAAUUGAUACAGAAAUCUCAUGGCACUUGUCAGGACUGUAAAGUUAGAGGACCCAACCUUUGGGCAUGCUUAGAGAACAGAUGUUCAUAUGUUGGCUGUGGUGAAUCCCAUGUAGAUCACAGUACCACCCAUUCCCAGGAAACAAACCACUGUCUAACUGUCAACCUUACUACACUCCGUGUUUGGUGUUAUGCCUGUAGUAAGGAAGUAUUCCUGGACAGAAAAUUAGGAUCUCACUCUCCACUACCAAAUGCAAGACUGUCUCAUCAAGCACAAGAAAAUAAUGUGCAGGAUUUUAAAAUACCUAGUAAUCCUGUACUGAAGAUUCCACUAGCAGCUGUAUUUGAUGAUCUAGAUACAGAAGUGGAAGAAGAUGAGUUAAAGACUAGAGGUCUUACAGGAUUAAAAAAUAUUGGAAACACAUGUUACAUGAAUGCAGCUUUACAGGCUCUUUCCAACUGCCCACCUUUGACACACUUUUUUCUUGAUUGUGGAGCCUUAGCCAGAACAGAUAAAAAACCAGCAAUUUGUAAAAGUUACCUCAAGCUGAUGACAGAACUCUGGCACAAAAGCAGGCCUGGUUCUGUUGUUCCUACUGGCUUAUUUCAAGGAAUUAAAACUGUUAAUCCAACAUUUCGAGGCUAUUCUCAACAGGAUGCACAAGAAUUUUUGCGUUGUCUAAUGGACUUGCUUCAUGAAGAACUAAAAGAGCCAGUUGUAGAAGUGGAAGAUGCCCAGCCUAUGAGCGUUGAAGAGAGUAUGGAAGGAGACAAGAGCCCAUCAGAUGUAGGCUUUCAGUCUUGUGAAUCCUGUGGUACCAGUGAAAAAUCAGAAAAUGAGUGCCUCUUCAAGCCUGUCUUAGAGGAUAUUGCAGAGACAACUAUGUUAAUUCAGGAUGAUGAAAACAGCUCAGUCAUGUCCAAAGACUGGCAGAAAGAAAAAGCACUGUGCAACAAGCUUAACCAAGAAAGUUCUGUGGAAGACUUAGAAAAAAAUGCAAAUGCUGCUUCAGAAACCACUGAAUUUUUAAAUAAUCAAGGAACUGUCAAAGUACAGAUACACAGCAGAUUCUCAGAAUACAUCAGUGAUGUCCACAUGAAUGAUCUAUCUACAGUCCAAAGCCACUCAUCAAAUGAAGGGAUGAAUGCACGCUUAUCAAACAGUCCUCCAAAAUCAUGCUCAUCGUGCCCUAUGCUGGCACCAGCCCACAAAAAAGUUUCAGCUGUGUCCUCACCAAAAAGGAAGAGACGCAAGAAGUACAGGAGUGUUAUCUCUGACAUAUUUGAUGGAACUAUAAUAAGCUCAGUACAAUGCUUGACUUGCGAUCGGGUGUCUGUAACCCUGGAGACCUUUCAGGAUCUGUCUUUGCCUAUUCCAGGUAAGGAAGAUCUCGCUAAACUCCAUUCUGCAAGUCAUCAGACUUCUCUAGUCAAAGCAGGAUCAUGUGGAGAAGCAUAUGCACCGCAGGGAUGGAUAGCUUUUUUUAUGGAGUAUUUCAAAAGGUUUGUUGUCUCAUGUGUUCCUAGCUGGUUUUGGGGUCCAGUUGUAAACUUACAAGAUUGUCUUGCUGCCUUUUUCGCCAGAGAUGAGCUCAAGGGUGAUAACAUGUACAGUUGUGGAAAGUGUAAAAAGUUAAGAAAUGGAGUUAAAUUCUGCAAAGUGCAAAAAUUUCCUGAGAUAUUGUGCAUUCAUCUCAAAAGAUUUAGACAUGAACUUAUGUUUUCCACAAAAAUUGGGACUCAUGUAUCCUUUCCCCUGGAAGGACUUGAUCUUCAGCCUUUCCUUGCUAAGGACAGUCCAGCUCAAAUAGUGACUUAUGAUCUGUUAUCUGUCAUCUGUCAUCAUGGAACUGCCAGCAGUGGACAUUAUAUAGCUUAUUGUCGAAACAAUCUAAAUAAUUUGUGGUAUGAAUUUGAUGACCAGAGUGUCACAGAAGUAUCUGAAUCCACUGUGCAAAAUGCAGAAGCAUAUGUUCUCUUUUACAGGAAGAGCAGUGAAGAAGCACAGAGAGAAAGACGGAGGAUAUCAGGUCUACUGAAUAUGAUGGAACCAAGUCUUCUGCAGUUCUAUGUUUCCAGACAAUGGUUAAAUAAAUUCAAGACUUUUGCAGAGCCAGGACCAAUUUCAAAUAAUGAUUUUCUCUGUAUGCAUGGAGGCUUUCUUUUCCCCUCCCCGGCUUCUGCUUUUGCAGGUGUUCCUCCACCCAAGGCAAAUUUCAUAGAAGACCUGGUUGUAAUGCUACCUCAAAAUAUAUGGGAUAAUCUGUAUAGCAGGUAUGGAGGUGGACCAGCUGUUAAUCAUCUGUAUGUUUGUCAUACCUGCCAAAUAGAGUCUGAAAGAAUUGAAAAAAGAAGGAAAAACGAAUUGGAAAUGUUUAUUCGGCUUAACAGAGCAUUCCAAGAAGAAGAAUCUCCAUCAACUUUUUACUGCAUCAGCAUGCAAUGGUUCAGAGAAUGGGAAGGAUUUGUAAAGGGCAAAGACAGUGAGCCUCCUGGUCCUAUUGAUAAUGCCAAGAUUGCAGUCACAAAAUGUGGAAAUGUUGUGCUAAAGCAAGGUGCAGAUUCUGGACAGAUAUCUGAAGAAACAUGGAAUUUUCUUCAGUCAAUCUAUGGUGGAGGUCCAGAGAUUAUACUCAGACCACCUGUUCCUCCAGUAGACCCUGAUAUCUUGCAAACAGAGGAGAAGAUUGAAUUAGAAACUCAUGGUCUGUAGCUGUUGAGAUAAAGAUCAACGUGUAAGGAAUUCAGCUUCCUUACAAAAUGCCCCAAUACAUUCCUGAAAGUUUAUUUCCUAAUGUUUGUAGGCGGCAAAGCUCACUGGGCAUUAUGUUAACUAAAGAAUAGUAAGUUGAAAUAUGUAUUACAAAUUGCUUAAAUAGAGACUUGUUUCCCUGUUUUGGAAGGCAUGUGGUUUGUACAUUUUGGAGUGUUUAGUCAGUGGAAAACAAUGUAACUUCUGGACUUCCUGGUAUAAGUCAAAAUCCUGUAGUAACCUUAGACUUGAAAAAUUGGAGCAAAAUUUUAGAGAUGUCAUAAAGUAACUUUAUUGAUUCCUGAUUGGGCUUCUGAUAUCUACAAACUGCUGCCUGUUUUAACUGUACAGUUUUGACAAGCCUAGGUAUAAGGGGAGUAUAUUUUAAAUGGAUCACAAUCAUUGAUUUAAUAGAAGGAAAAAAAAAUAACUUCCUAAAUGCUCAGGAAAAAUUGUCUUGCUUUUUUUGCACUGUAAGUAUAUAAAACAAGUAGUAUAUAACAUCCAAAUACUUUUGGUAUUUGAAUGGAUCAAAUAUUAGUCUAGAUGGAAUAUUGUUUUAGUCAGCAAAUGUCAUAAUUUAUUACCUACUAAAUUUUACAUAUUAUAGGCUUCUGUAACUCUAUAAGCCUGGCUAGUAUCUUUAAUAAUAUCUGUGACAAAAAAAUUUUAGUCUUCUCUAGAGUGAUGUUUGAGAGCAUGAAGUGUGAAAUGUAAAAUGAUUAUGGACAUGAGUGGUAUAAAUUUGAGAAAUUAAAUUGUCUGGUCUCCUGAAUUACAUUAACAAAACAGUUCCUUUAAAGGCUUUUAUUGUGUUGUUAAAAAUACUCAGUGGCAUGAUGACCUAUGAUGUCAGAAGCUGGAUGAAAUAUAUAUAUAUAUAUUGCAAAACUUUACUGAAUGAUUCAUAUUGGAAUGCAGAAUGGCAUUUGCUCGUGUUUUUUGCCUGAUAUUGUUACCAAAUAUGCAGCAUUAUUCAAGGCUGGAUCAAUAAUAAAAAAAACUUCAAUUGUGGAAGGGGGGAGAAAGCUUUCUUAAAUGUUUUUCAUUUAUUACAUCAAUACAAAACCUUUCAAAGCAAUGCUUUGAUACUGCUUUUGCACCCAUAUAAGUGUAUUCCUUGACCGCUUUACAUUUAGGCACUGAUGUUGGCAGUUUUAGCUCCAAAGUGGGCAAAUGUUGAGAACGUUUGUCUAUACAACUUUAUAUAUAGUAUAAAACUGUUUUUUGCCUUUGUAAAGCACUAAAAGCCAUUCUGGUUAAAGAACCACAUAGGACAAUCCUAGACUGUGUCCUGUAACCUAAAGUACUUGACCCUGCUGCUGAAGUGCCACAUAGCAGGAGUCAGUUCUGUCUGAGUAACUAAAAAUCCCAGUAUUUUACUCGCCCUACCUGAGAAGGGCUAGAGCAAGGAACAAGAGGAAGCUGGGUUUGUAGUAUGUAUGUUACUUUUGAUCCCCUGAACUCAUCACCUUUACUUUGUCAAUAAUCUGAUACCAUUUAGUAUUUCUCUGUAGUUCUUGUAGCAUACUUUGAACUAAACCAAAUUUAUGUUCCUGUUUCAGAUGAUACAGCUUAUAAAAGCCACAUAUAGAAUACAUUGUACUUCAGCAUUUUGCUUUGCUCUAAGUUUUUUGUCUUUGUGAGGUAAGCUGGAGUCUAAUGGGAUCAAGUUUUGUACACUUUUUUGGCUCCUAAGUCCAAUAGGAAAGAACUAAAAGAGUAGGUGACUUGCACUUCCAAUCUGCAGCUACGUAACUUAAAGCAUAUAUAAAGUCAUAUAUAAUCUCCUUUAGGGGUGCAUUGGCUUAAGACGGAGGUAGGUACAGAGGAGAGCUCUGGAGAGACUGGGAGAAAGAAUACUGGCAGUCUUGUUUAUAGAUAAGUAUGAGGCACAAAAAAUGGAAAGGAAAUUGAUGGAAUGUGUUUUUCACCCCUAAGUAAGGCCUCCAAAUCAAGAGAAAUUAAAGGAAUCCAUCCUAGAUAAAUUAGGCUUGCACUGAACUAAAGGAAAUUUUUUUAAAUCUUAAAUGCUGAUACAAUGUGAAUAAAGCAGUGCAAAUAGGAGGAAAUUGACAGCAUAUGAAGCUCAUAAUUAUAUGAAUAAGGAAAAAAAUUACUCAAUUUUAAAUUGUCAUAGGUAACUCUUGCCCAGCCUGUUAAGUUUCUGAACUUAAAUGUUUCUCCUUAAAUUCUAAAGAAGGUCUUGGGAUAUCUGCAGCUGAGAAGCCUUGCAUGUACACAGAGUAAAUCUAAAGGAACACCAAGCACAGCCCUUAACUAUCUGACCAUGCAUUUCUACAAUUUUACAUUAAUAGAUAAGGCACCUUGAAGUUAAUACCAAGUUUCCCCUGCUAAGUACAUGGUAAACAAACAUAUCAGUUACAGCUAUGAAGUUAUAUCACUGUUGAAGGUAAGCAUAACUUGCUUAUGAACAGUCAAUAGUAAUUUGCUGACAUUGGUCUGUGGGAGGCACUUCUAGCUUCCCACCUCCAUUUAUUUAUUUUUAUCAGGAUGACUAAACUCAAACCUGGGUUUAUACUAUCUAGGCUGAACUUGUUCUUUGCUAAGCUUUUAUCUAAUUUAAGCUAUUUUUAAGGUUUUUUAAUACAUUAAAGCUGAAAAAAACAUUAAUAGCUCUGCAUACUUUGGGAAUAACUUCCCCUACGUGUUCUUAAUUGGAAACUUGAGAAAUACAUUCUUGGUUAAAUAACUGUACAGUGAUUAGGUUUACUAUUUUAUUUAAUGUUUCCACUAAUAAUCAGGAUGCUAGAACAGAAUGCACUUGUUUGGAGAAGAAAAAAAUAAAGACAAGAGAAAAAUGGAUUAUGAGAGUUGGACAUCAGUUUGUCAAAGGAAUGAAGCAGUUCUGUGUAAGUGUUCUGGGUAUUCUAGCAGAUCAGACUGACUAAGAGUUAAAAUCCAAUGAUGAUAAAAAACUGUUCUGGGUAAUGGUAACAAAAGCAUCAGAUGUGAGGCACAGGAGGUAAUUAUUAUGCUCUACUUGGUGGUGAGAUCUCAUCUGUACUGUUCCCAAUUCUGGAUACUAUAUAGUGAUAAAUACAAGUUGGGAGGAGAGUAUUUCAGAGAAGGAUUAACAAAACUCAGUUAUCUAACUUACAAGAACGUUGAAGGAAGAUGCAAGGCUUCUAAUGUGGAAACAGUUGAUGGAUGAUGGUUGAUUUUUUCCUAGAUAAGUAGGAAUAUUUGCCUAAAUAUUAGCAGUGAUUACCUGUACUGGAUAUUACAUAGCCUGUUUGAAAUUUUCUGCUAGCAAUUCUGUAGAAACUUUUUCAUUGAAUGUCUGGGAGUCCAUAGUGAAACAAACUGUGCAUGUACACAAGCCACUUCAAACUAGCAGUCAUGAAAUACCUCUGGUACCUUCAGGAAUGGGCAUCUUCCUACUACAGCUGUUUGUCAUGCUAAAAAAGAAAAAAAAAUCCCUGAGUUUGCAGAGAUAAAAUAGAUGUAUUUGGUUGUAAGACAGUUACAAAUGGAUGACUUCUCUAUGUUAGUGCUUUGAGAAUUCAGUAAGGGAUUUUAUGCCAUGGAAGUGAAAGUAGCCUGUUUGGCAUUCUCCCAAACUCUCUUAUUUUAGAUAGAUCUCUUGCAUAUACUGGAGGGAAUGUAACACUUCAGAGUAUAGGUACAGAAGAAACCUUGGCUGUGAAGAGAGCUCUGAUUCAAACCAGAGGGAGUGUUGCAGGAAGGGCUGUCGAAAUGAUUUUUUUUCUUCUGGAAGUGUUUAACUAGUCGUCCUGGGUUCUUUGUUCAUUUGUUUCCAGUUGAGGAAACAAGGCAGUGUGUUUGGAUGCCAGGGAAGCUGUCAUUUCAAGAAGAGGAAAAUUCAGUAGGGUCCUUGUUCCAGGCCUGGAAAUCUAGAUGUGGGCUACUAAAAAGGUACUGUUCAAUCUGAUAAUGUCAGUCCUCUCUUCUGAAGAAACUGGCCUACUAGCUUUAGUUUGAUUUCUCUCUAAAUUAUACUAUUUGCAAAAAAACUUGAACAACUAAUUCUUCAUCUGCACCCCCUUCCCUGCCAACCCCACCCAACAUCCAGAAGAAUGCUUCAAGUACUGCGUGAUAUAGCUAAAAAGUAUAACUGGGGGAAAAAAAUUAGUUGAAGAGCUAUUGAAUUAGUUACUGGUAAAAUAAAGCACUUCCACAAUAUGCUUCAGAAGUGAGAGGUAAGUAGUCCCCCUGCUUAAUGAAGCAAAUAAAAACAACCUGCUUGCUAGCUAGGAAAUUAUCCCCUGUUAUUAUUGACUUAAAGGCCAGUCUUUUCCUGCCAUGGGAAUAUUAGGAAAUGAAGGAAAUUUCGAAGACAGUUGUACAUGAUUCAGAUUAGGUAGUCCAGAAAGCAGUGUCUGCAAGUAGAAUCUAAAUUAGUCCCGUGUCUAGGGAUAAAUAUAAAUGCAUGUAAUCUAUUUCUCCAAUUUCAUAAUUGAACUAUGGCUGGAGGUACUAAAAUAAUUAAGUUCUACGUAGGAAUAAUGAUCUUGAGUAGAUGGAUCAGAUAGGAUUUUUUCAUUUUGUUUCAAAUAGAUAAAUGACACUUCAAUCGAAUGCUGUAAUGGGUGUCAGUCUUCUGUCAAUAAUGACCUGGAAGUUUGCUAGGUAAGUUAGAGACUUCAUAUGCUGUUCAAUAAUUGUACUAAAACAGGAUUUAAAAAGGGGGGGAGGGUGAAAGCCAUUUUUACUAAUUCAUAUCAAAAGAACUCAGAAUCCAUUUUGAUAACUUUGCAUAUUUUAUUUGAAUAGUAUUGUUAUUGUCAGCUGUUGAACUGCCUAGAUGCAGCAAAACCUUUUUAAGGUAUCAUCUAAUAUUUAGUUGAUGAAAUCUGCUGUAGGUUGGUAAGGUCUCUGAUGUGACACCACAAAUCUGAAUUCAAAUGAGUAAUGCCACACCUGUUGCUACACAUGUCCCUGGCAGUGGUAAGGAGAUUUUGCAUUUGAAAUGUAAGUCAUUUCUUUACCUUGAUGAUAUAUCUUAUCUGGAAGUUCUGCUCUCUAGCUUUGUGUGGGAGUUGCACAGUCUUGCUUAUCUGUUCUACUGACACAGCUAUGCUGAUAGGAAUGAGCUUCUGACCAAGCUAUUGAAGUAGAGAUGAGAAGCCUGGAGCCAACAAGUAGUAGUUCAUUAGUCCCUGAGUUUUGAGGCUAGAUAGGUGAUGAUGCACUUCUAGAAAUCUGUCCUUUCGGCAGAGUACUAUACUUGGUGAUAUCUGAAAGAAUUUGUAUUUAAAGCCUUUUGUAUAUUUGUAAGAUCCUGUGUUUUGGUAAAGACAGCCCUACAGAGAAGGAUUAUUUUAUAUCACUGUUGACUUAGUAUGUCCCUCUGACUGUGGGAUAUCUGCAUAAAGAGUUAGAAAUACAUUUGGCUGUAAAAUCUAUUAGACUGAUUAAAUAACUUUCACUUCACAAAUGAAAGCUAAGUAUGCCCAUGUAGGCCUGAUUUUUUUCUUGUGAAAUCUGGUGUAAUUUGCUGUAUUAAUGCAUUAUGCUAAUGUGCUAAUCCUUGUCAAGUUCAAAAUUUAGUGUGGGGGGUUUUUUGUAAUACAAAAUAUCCUAAGUUUCCUUAAAAAGACUAAAGCUGAGAAGUUUUUCAAGUUAUUCUUACAGGCGUUUAUUCGUAAUGAUGGUGCCAACAUUUAAUUUUUUGUUGUUGUUGCUGUUUGUGGUUGAUAGAUGUACUGUUGUUCAUCAUAAGUUCAUUUGGAAAAGCAAACCAGAGAUUGAGGAAAAUUUGCAGCAGAAUUUAAAGAUGAUCUGUUUAAAGGGGCAAGUGGAUUCUUCAUAUCUGCCAUAUGUGUUUUUUAUACUGAACUAAGAAAAUUCUGUUCCAUUUAUUCCUUUGAAUUCCCUAUAUACAUCUGGCUUAAUGCACUCUAAGCAGUUUUCUCACUGAAAACCUUUCAGCUCUUCAUUUUACCCAGGAAAUGAGUAAAACAACUAGGCUUUUUUAUUCUUCCAAACAGAUGGCUUUUCUGGCUUUCCUCUAUACUUGAGCCAUCCAGAGCUGACAAUUAGUAGCAGGAAGCAAAAUAGAUUCUAGAUUUCUGAAGCAUCACAAAGCAAGACAAAUCACUUCCAGCAUUAUUUCCCAGAAAUUGUCUGGUUGCAAACAAACUUGGUUCAUAUUAGCCUUAAAAUCUUAGCCGAUUAGAAAAUAGCCUCAUCAGUGACAAUUUUAAAAGGGCUAUUCCUACUAGCAGUGAAAAGCAUAACUUGUUUUCUUGAACAUACUCUAUAAUAUAUAUUGCUGUUUAAAACAUGUCAUUCAACAAGGUGAUGUGGCUUUUCUUCCAUUAAAAAAUGUUAGGACUAAGCACUGCCACACAAUAAAAUAAAAUGUAAUCUGUUUAUAACACAUUUAAUAUUGGGUACUUGCUUACAAUAUCUGUCCAACACAUUUUUCAUAGGAGGCUGAUACUACUUACUGUAUCGCAAAACUUUUCUCCCUUCCUAAAUGUGUGCUAGCUGUGACAUGUAGAUAGUAAAAGAAGGUUCAUUUGCAAGAAACCCUAAUGUGACUGAUAAGUUUUAUGGAUUCUUAGUGAUGCUACAUGCCAAGUCACUUGACCACAGGUUUCCUUGUAAAGGUCAUAGAUGGGUAGAUGUGCAACCUUUGGAAAAUGCAACAUGAAUCUGAUCCCUCAAAUAGGAAGCUGGAGUUAUUAGGAAUAGACUGGAUGUUCACAAACAGGCUUGUUUUGCCUCUGCAUGGCUAGUGAAUCUCAAUCACUUUUCUUAUGUGCUGGUUAUUUAUUCAGCAGUAUGAGAGGUGCAAGAUUCAGUAGUUGGUAUCGCUAAAAUGUCUUCAUAAUAUAAAGGAAGUUGAGAAAACUUAAUAUACUCAAUUGAUUAAGAAAUGUUUAAGUGCAACAAAUGUUUUUCACUUCCAGAUAUGUUUCUCCUUUCUCACUUGAAACUCCCAAAACUUAUUAAGAACUUGUAAGUUCCACUUUUGGAAUAACUUACCACAUGACAAGAGUAAAUCUUGAAGUACUUGGUUGAGAAGAAUAAAGAGGGCAGAGAAGAGAAAUGGAUUCUUAUAAGUAAGAAAAUCAUAGCUGAAAAUAAUAGGCAGCUGUCAAAAAUGAAGAAUAACAAUUUUCAUGUCUCUUAUCUCAAAGGAAAAUGCCAGUACCUUUUUUGUGAACAGUUUUGCCCAGAAGUGAGCAUUUUUCUAGGUGACUAAUUUUAUUUUAUCCUGUGUAUGUUUUUAUAAUGUACAUGCUAAAACAAGAUGUCCUGGUUACCAUGGUGAUGCAUUGCUUUUUUUUUUUCCCCCCUUCCCCUCCUCCCUUCUGUGUCUGUUAAAAUGCUAAAUCCAAAAGAACAGAGAUGCAGCCCUUGCUCAUGCUCUGAAUGCAUGCUUGUUUCCAUGAAGGAGCACACCUCUAUAGGUCCAAAAGUAAGAGUCUUUUAAUGAAACUUUCAGCUGUAAUGAAAGGAAUGCAUUCAUAUGUGCCAAAAUGCUAAUUGAUUGGCAACAUUAAUUCAGUUAAACGGUAUUUCCAAUUAUAUUUCUAGUCUAGUAAAAAAUGCUUAGACUGAUUUUUACAACUUAACUGUGCAAGCAAUAAGCAAGCUAUUUUUCAGCUAUGAACUCUUCUUUGAUGUCUCAUCCUCCUAAUAAUUUUUAGAAAGGGAAACACAUUGUCUCUUACCUUUUUGUCUUGCUUGUAGUGUAAUUAAUUUGCUUUCUAGCAAAGCAGUGUAGAAGAGGUAAUUUGUCUCUAAAACCAGAUCAGUAACAAUCUGAACUUCAUGUCUGACCUUGACUUUAAAGACACCAGUGCAGAAACUAGUCUUUCUGGACUCUUUCUGUAGAUAUUGAAAAAGAUAAAGGUAAGUCAGAGCAGGAACCCAGAAAGUGCUUCAAGCCUCCUAGAUACAGAAGAUGUAUCUAUUGAUAAGCUUUCCUGCUGGAAAGUGGCUAUCCUCCAGUCUAGAUUUCUAGUCCUGAACAAGGAUCCCUGCUUUUUAAAACGGAACUGUCAGUGGUGCUGGUGGCCACUCCUACAUGGUGGUAGUUCAAAUUUGAACUACCACCAUAUCUUUCACAUCCUCUAGAAGAGGGCCCUGAUUCCAGAACAUAGGCUUAGCUCUAGGAAUCUUUUCUGUUUAGAAAAAAAUGUGCCUUAGGGUUAGGCUUAAUUUUUGCAUUUAGACAUCUGCAUCUUGGAGACUUUUUAUCCAUUUUUUUCUGGUUUAUGUUGAACACAUCAUAUGCUGUUCAGUAUCAGAGUAACAGUAGAGCCCUCUAUUGUGGUUUAGGACCUGAAGGAAUAUGCAAGGUAGUCAAAACAGUAACAAGGAGAUUUCAUGACCUGACACACCUUUAGGUAGGUUGUGAACACAGUCUAAUGUGUUAUUGCAGACCCACUAAUACAGUGCUGCAUAUAUGUAACAAGUUUCUAAAGGAGAGGAGAAAGGAUAAAAAUGACUGUUUGGAUAGGAGUUUAUAACCCUGUAAGGGGUAAAACUCCUAGAGUGACCUAACUAUUAACAGUCAGAAAUGUUGAGAUCAAGAUCUCGGAGGCUGUUAUUUUAUGGAAGCCUGAAUCAAAGUUUAAAGAUCAGAAAAACAAUGUACUCAGUCUAAUGAAUUCUAAACUGGAUUAUUUUCAAUAAUGCACUGUAUUCAUUUCCUAUAUUGCCCAAUUUUGAAGCCUCUACUGAAAUUAGCAAAAGCAAUUUAAGUGGAAUAUUUCAUGAGCAAGGGGGUGGUUGUGUACUAUUGCAGAAUGUAGCCUAAUUAUUAUGAAAAAUAUAUAUCAAUUCUACUUAAUUGUAAAUGUAAUUUUUUUUAUUUUUACAUCUACUUGAAUUAGAUGACCACUACUUUAAAUAUACAGGCAUAAAGUGCAAAUAAACUAAUAACUUCCUAAAUGUAUCAUUUUGUAAUUGGCAACUUGCUUUUUCAUAAUAUAUUAUGGAACAUCUUUUAGUAAUUAAGGUGAACUCUGCAACAGGCUGUAUGGAUUGUAAAACUCCUAAAUUGUCUUAUGUGCACAUACUGUAAUAUAUCAGUGAUUGGAAACUGUUCUAUUUAACAAUUAAAACUUUUUUUCACUCUUUGCCA